AUGGCUCUUCUAGCCAUUGAUCUCGAUAUGUUUGGGCAUGGAUCGGCGGGCCAAGUAUUGGGCCGAACCGAUGUGGAUCGGGUUGAGUAUGUGCGGAUCGGGCUCUGA